AUGUCUCGUCAACUGUGCAGUCUACCGAAUUUGAUUUAUGCCUAUGAUAGACUGUCCGCCAAUAUGAAAUCACAUCUUUUAUUCCAACUCCUGAAAAGAUCAUCUUCAGAUACCCUGCAGUUUGUCGAUUCUGUGGUCGCGCCUAUAUUCAAGCGUGAUCUUUUGACCUUUUUACCGCGUGAAUUGGCGUUGCAAAUUUUAAGCUAUCUUGAUGUCCGCUCCCUGUGUCGAGCCGCGUCGGUGAGCAAGCAGUGGCGUGCCAUUGUUGACUCGGAUGAUUCUACUUGGCGCCGGUUACUUGAGCGGGACGGUUUUCAACCGAGCUGGGGCUCCUGGCCACAUGGUAAGCAGGAGCCACGGUAUGAUGACACCAUGGGAGAAAUGGGAUCACUAUCAUCACCACCACCGCCCACCCACAAGAAAAAGGAGAAAUCAAGGGAUAAUACUUUCUCGCAUCCCUAUAAAGAGUCCUAUCGUCGGCAGUAUAUCCUUCGACAAAAUUGGCGCCACGGACGGGCCGCUCGGAUCAGUUUUCCCGGCCAUCUUCAACAUGUGGUGACUUGCCUGCAGUUUGAUGAUGACAAGAUCGUUUCCGGGGCCGACGACGAGCAAAUCAACAUUUACAAUACGAAAACCGGCCAAAAACUGCGCUCACUGCGUGGACACGAAGGCGGCGUGUGGGCGUUGCAAUAUGUGGACAACAUUCUUGUGAGUGGAUCAACGGAUCGCACGGUUCGCGUGUGGGACAUUGAACGAGGUGUAUGCACGCAUAUCUUUCGCGGUCACACCUCCACGGUGCGAUGCUUACAAAUCGUGGUUCCGACGAUGGUCAAUGGCCGUCUGGAGCCCAAAGAGCCACUCAUUAUCACGGGAUCGCGAGACGCUACGCUACGUAUUUGGCGAUUACCCGAUCCGCGCAAGGAUGAACCUUACAAUGGAAUCGGAGUGAACCCGUGGCACAUGCACACCUUGGUCGGUCACUCGCAUUCCGUACGUGCCAUUGCGGUGCAUGGCUAUACAUUGGUCAGUGGCAGCUAUGACAACACGGUCGCUAUAUGGAAUAUAGAAACAGGGCAACUCGUGCACCGUAUGGAAGGCCAUACGCAAAAAGUGUACACAGUGAUGAUUGAUACCAGGCGACAACGAUGUAUGAGCGGGAGCAUGGACAGCACCGUACGCGUCUGGGACUUGAUCACGGGUCAAUGCUUGCAAGUGCUUAUAGGACAUUCCAUUUUGGUGGGAUUGCUUGGAUUGACGGAUCAAUAUAUUGUAUCGGCUGCGGCGGAUACCACAUUGCGUGUGUGGUCGGCCGAAACAGGGGCUUGCCAACAAGUGCUCACGGGCCAUCGAGGCGCUAUUACUUGUUUCCAGCACGACAAUGAAAAGGUGAUUUCAGGGUCGGAAGGCGCAUUAAAAAUGUGGGAUAUCAAGACCGGAGAACCGUUGAAAGAUCUUAUUACGGACGUCACGGGUAUUUGGCGUGUCGCUUUUGAUCAUCGUCGUUGUGUGGCUGCGGUUCAUCGCGAUAACGUUACUUCAUUUGAAGUACUGGAUUUUGGUGUGUAUGGUUUGACUUGA